AUGGGAGAGAAUCAGAUCACUGGAAGUCUUCCCGAAGGAAUUGGUAAUCUUGUUAACCUCAAUGACAUCAACAUGGGGAAUCUUUUCCUUACAGGCAACAUUCCUGUUUCCAUGGGAAAGCUUCAAAAUCUUGAAGGAUUGUCUCUCCCUUCAAAUCAUUUGUCUGGCAAAAUCCCAUCCUCUGUUGGUAAUCUCUCUCGACUGUCUAAACUUGAUUUGUCCAAUAACAAUUUUGAAGGAAGAAUUCUGCAGUCACUGGCGAAUUGCGACAGAAUGGAGCAGUUGGACCUUUCACAAAACAAACUCAAUGGUAGUAUACCAAAUCAGUUAUUUGGUGCUUUCAAAAGUUUGUUUUAUCUUAACCUGUCUCACAACUCUUUCACUGGUCUCCUUCCUUUAGAUUUGGGAAAUUUGAAGAAUCUUGUACAAUUAUUUCUUGAUAAUAACAAAUUCUUUGGUGAAAUUCCCAGCAAUCUUGGUCAGAGUUCAGGAUUACGUAUCCUCUACAUGCAAGGAAACUCAUUUCAAGUUAGCAUUCCUACAUCUUUCGGUUCUUUGAGAUCUCUCGAAAUCUUAGAUUUUUCCAGUAACAACUUGUCUGGCAACAUACCACUUGAACUUGAAACACUUCGAUUUUUAGUGAGUUUAAACCUUUCUUUUAACCAGUUGGAGGGUGAAGUCCCAAAACAAGGGGUUUUCAAAAAUGUUAGUGGAUUUUCUUUUAUGGGAAACAAGAAACUCUGUGGUGGGAUUCUUCAACUAGAGCUUCCAAAGUGCUUUGAUAAGGAACCGAAGAAAAGGGCAAAUGUUCUGUCAACCAAAGUCAUAACCAUGAUCAUCCUUAGCGUCCUCAUUGCAUCUUUUUUGGCUGUGUUUCUUGUUAAUCUUUGUUGGAAACGAAGGUCCAGAAUGGAACUUAACCCGGUAGCUUUGUUGGGUGAUGGCUACUUGCGUGUAUCCUACAAAGAGCUUCUUCAAGCCACAGGAAGUUUCGCUUCCUCCAACUUGAUUGGUGGUGGAGCUUUUGGCUCUGUAUAUAAAGGAGUACUUCAUCAACAAGAAAAGCCUGUUGCAGUGAAGGUACUGAAUCUUCAAAACCAUAGGGUUGCACAAAGUUUCAUGGCUGAAUGCAAGGUGUUAAGAAAAGUUCGACAUAGGAAUAUUGUCAAAGUUAUUACUUCUUGCUCAAGCAUUGAUUACCGAGGCAAUGAUUUCAAGGCCUUGGUUUUCGAAUUCAUGCCUAAUGGGAGUUUGGAAAGCUGGCUGCAUGAGCAUUCCGAAUCAAAGUAUUUGAACUUUGUUCAAAGGUUGGAGAUAGCUAUAGAUGUGGCCAAUGCAAUAGAUUACCUUCAUCAUGAUUGUGAAACGAUGAUUGUUCACCGUGAUCUAAAGUCUACCAAUGUUCUUCUCGAUGAUGAAAUGGUCGCACAUGUCAGUGAUUUUGGAUUGUCUAGGCUUGUAUCUAGCCACUCACGCAAUAUGGGAAUGGGUGAUACAAAUUCCUCAUUGAUCAAGGGAACAAUAGGUUAUGUCGCCCCAGAAUAUGGCAUGGGAGGGGUAGCGUCUCCAGAAGGUGAUAUUUACAGCUAUGGGAUUUUGCUCCUGGAGAUGAUAACCGGAAGGAGACCGACAGAUGGCAUGUUUCACAACUGCUUAAGCCUUCACAGUUUCUGUAAGAUGGCACUACCGGAACAGUUUAAGGAGAUUAUUGAUUUUCGCUUGCUUGAACAAAUGGGUGAAGACAUGGAGAGAAUAAGUCGUCAACAGGAAGCAAAGAUAUUGGAGUGUUUGGUUUCUUUCACCAAGAUCGGAGUUGCAUGCUCCGCAGAAGUACCUGCUGAAAGAAUGAGAAUCAAAGACGCCAUCACAGGGCUAGAAGCAACCAAGGCAAGGUUGAUCCACAGGACGGGACAUAUGUAGGCCAAUUCAGCUGGUCAAUUGAAAUUAUGUUUUCUCGAUGUUUAAUCGUCUUUGUUUUGUACCAAUAACUGAUAUUUACGCUUUCUUUUCCUAUGAACUAGAUUGUCUGUAGAACUUUAGGAAGAAUUGGCAAAGUUAGAUAUAGUUAUGGUCUGAAUUUCAUAUCUUAGCAACACACAAGUCAGCAAACACGGUUUGA